CUUUGCUGCACAGCUGCACGCGGCGACUGUGCGCGUUCUUUCAGAGCUGCAGCAAAACGAGUGACGUCGGCACUCGACAACCAACUCCUUGCUCGCACCCGUGCGCUAGGUGUGCGUUUUGCUGUGGCCCCAGAGCUGCAGCAGCCUUUGCAGCCCUCGGCGCUGGCGACACGAUUAGGCGGCCGCUAAGGCGGCCGGCGGGCCAGACGCACCGCUGCGGCUGGCGCGGUGCCGGAAUCGAUCGAAUACUGACCGCGCGCUGGCUGGCGCGCCGCUGGCUGGCCGCUCUCAGCUUGCAGCACUCCCGCAUCGCGCAAAUGCUGCUCCUCCGAACGGCGCGACGCGCAAGCAUGCAAAGGCGCGCCCGCGGCGUCCGCACUUGAAAUCACGAAGGCACGCGUUGCGACUAUCUCCCGGCCGGCGACACUGACAAGGCUGUCUGGGUUAUUCCGCUCCGCAAGAGCACCUCGGGAAUCCAAUCGCUCGCGUCCCUCCGUGGCGUGCGCGGAUUUCACACCCGAUACAUCUACGCAGGCCGCUGUCGUCGCUGACGAAGGCCAUGAUGGGCCGCGCGCCCGCGAAGCCGACGCCCUGGCGCGCGCUCGCCGAGCAGCUCGUGGACGAGGGCUGCGAGUCCAUCUACUUGACGCGUUUACGGGCGCAGCACGACGUGCGGGCGCACGUCGACACCUUGGCGGAGGAGGUGGCCGAGGAGAUGGCCCGAGCCCUCGGGAGGACGACGAGUCGCGUCGACUACGCGUUCGCGUGCCUCGAGCGCGACCGGCAGCGGGCCCACGACGCCGCGGCGGCCGUGCUCAAACUACGGGUGCCCGAGCUCCGCGACGAACUGAGGAGCCACGGCCUGCCUGUCGGGGGCAACAAGCCAGAGCUGCGCGCGAGGUUGAUGCCCGUCGCGACGGCGGACGCCGUCGAGGCCUUCGACGCGCAGCGCCAGGUGUGUCGGAAGGAGCGGCAGAACCUGCUCAUCCACCGCCAGGCCCUCGGCUUCAAGACGGGCAACCACGGUGCGGUGGAGAAGUACUAUCCCUCCUCCGUGCUCAAGCCCCUCGGCGACUUCCUCGAAGAUGCCCCGGAGGACGACGACGAGGCGCCGGUGACGACCGAGCAGUCGUACAAGGGGAAGAACUGGGGCGGGUUUCGAUUUUACUAAGUGAUUGUUAUGUACAACUUUCCAAAUGAGGAUCUUGCGAAUUUGACGAUGGCGUAGCUGCGACGCCAUCGA